UUAUCCAAGACGAUUUGCAUUUUCUCGGUGAUACAUUUGUGAUAACCACAAGUACAGCUGUAACUGAGGAUUUGGAUAAUUUCGAGGCCUUUCCCGAUCAUUAAGACUUGCUACAGCCUUUUCAGGUGGACAUAUUAAUUUAUUCAUUUGGCGACCCAACUUGCCAUUGGUCAAGUUAUUCACUGUUUGAGUUGUCGUUAACGGUGCUGGCUUACUAAGAGAACAACCAACUCGCCUUCUCGACUAAAGACCGUUUGAUAUUUAAGUGUCUCUUUUCUGCCUCUUUGUGAUUUCAAUGCUUCUUCUGAGGAAAGACUGAAACAGUUAGGGCGGCGAGGACCUGUGACUUUUCGCUCUAGAACGACGAAAUGGUGAAAGCGUACUGCCGUGACCGAUUCAAGUGGAUCCUUCUUUUAAUUUGGUGAUUUUAGGGUUAUCGACAUCUGCCGGGUAUUUGGUCAUAUUUAACAUAGAAAUUAUAAUGUCUGAAAAGAGUAGUCAAAACCAUGCAGAAGAAGAAGACAAGAUUUGGCCUGAAGAUGCAGCACCACCUAGCUAUGACUCCCUGUUUGGACAAAUCAAAGAAGCUAAGGAGACUUCCGAUGGUUCCUUUGAUUUCUGCAAACGAGUUGUACAGCUGUUUGCUGGAACAAUUGGCUGUACGAUUGCCCUGAGUUUACUGAUGGCACUUCCAAUUGCAAUGAUUAUUAUGGGUGCCAAAUAUAAGGAUGAUUGUCCUGUUGAACCCUUCAUUCCCAUUUACCUCAUUGUCGGAGGAUCAUUUGGAAUGUUGAAAACCAUUAUAGUCCUUUGUCAACGAGCCAGGACCCAUGAAGAUGAUCUAGACAUGGAUGAAGAUCAAUCCAUGUCCACAAAAUUUAUUGACGGUGUUUUAAAUUUAUUCUUGUUUACAUGGUUUAUUGCUGGAAACAUCUGGGUGUACAGCAAGUACCGACCAAAUCCAACUCCGCCGCCAGGCGAUCCGCUAAACUAUUGCAAUCCAACACUUUAUUUGUUUGCAUUUUGGGUGAUCACUGCAAGUUACAUUCUCAUGGGCUCUAUUUGUUUCUGUAUAUGUUGUCUAGGAGUAUGUGCAAGUUGUACAGCAUUCUUUGUAACUGCAAAAGAGUAAGACUGCUAAGAUGCUUUCAGGACAGGUUGUUGUUAUUUUAGGAUCAGAGAGAUAGGACUCACUAGAAGUUGGGGAGAUGAGGGAGGCUAUUUUUCUAGCCUGGCAUAAAAAAAAAAAAAAAAAAAAUUAAGGAUCCUAGUUUUGAUGAAAGAAUGUUUCAGGUUGACAACCACGUUGUCAAGGUGAGAAGUGUACUUGAUUAAAGAGCAAGUACAUAAGAUUUGUUAAAACAGCAAAAGAAAAACACUUCAUAUUUGUAAGAGUUUGCUAAAAACCUGGUUUGAAACUUGAAGUUAAUUAUGUUUAAUUAUCACAGGGUUGUCAAAGAGAUUUUGAGUUACUAGACCAUGAUACAAAAUAGGGGGCACUUAACAGUUUUAUUUCGGUCAAUAUCAUGCUUUGGUACUGAAAUUGACCCACCCUGACAAAGCAGACAUGUUCUUCAGAGUAGAAGGUGAAAUACACUGGCUGCUAGCUUAUUUAAACAACCCUGUUAAACUUGUUUGUAUGUGCAAUUUGAUCAUAAUUGUAUGCCCAAGGUUCCUUGUUGGUAGAUACUCUGAUAUAAGCCAUAAAAUGCAAUUGAUAGAUUUAUUUCAGCCUGCAGUGCAGGCACCUUGGUAGGCUUGGGUAUCAAUAGUUAUUUAAUGGUCUCCGCCUUCCUUUCCCCAUCCUCUCUAGAGUGAGAGGAAGGGUAGACUGUGGACCCCAGAGGAGAGUUUUUCGGGGGUAUUUGAAGCAACCUAUAGGAACCAGGAUUCAAAAAAUGCUUUGGCAACUUGCACCAGGUUGUCUGAAUAAGGCAGUACACUGAAUUUGACUAACAAGUUGCAUCACAUUUUGGUAGGAUUCAGAAAUUGAGUUACUGAAGAAACAAGGGAAGUCUCGAUUGCAGUUAUUGCUCGAUCUUGACAUGCAGCACCUCUCACGUGAGGGGGGGGGGGUUGAUCAGGAAGCCUUAAUUUAAAGUGUUAUUAUGGUUGUUUUAUGUUGAUAUGGAUUAAAAACUAAGUUAUGUAGCCGUUA